GCGAUAGUUUUUGGUCCGUGAUUCAAAAUGGCUGGAUCUUUAGUAAUGUUUCUUAUGUGAUGCUAAUGACAAGUUGUGACAAGUACAUAAUGCUGUAUUGAAUAUAAUAGAUUAAUAUCCUACUGGAUAAUCGAUAACGUGUGGGUAGUGCAGCAGAUUAAACAACUGCAAUAUGUUAAACGAUGUGCCGAAAAGGUUACCAAAACACUCCGAAAGUACAGAAGCUGACGUGCGCGAAGAUGAGGAACAAACCACAAAGUUUCAAGAGAUCAUUGAUUUACUUGUUGCAGCAGGUUAUUUCAGAGCACGGAUAAAGGGUUUGUCGAAUUUUGAUAAGGUGGUUGGUGGCAUGACCUGGUGCAUAGAAUCAUGUAACUUUGAUGUAGAUGUAGAUUUGCUUUUCCAAGAGAAUCUCACAAUUGGUCAGAAAAUAUCCUUGACAGAAAAAAUUGUAGUUAUGCUUCCUAAAAUGAAUUGUCCAUAUCGAAUAGAGCCACAUCAAAUACAAGGUUUAGACUGCAUUCAUAUAUUUCCGGUUAUUCAAUGGUUGAUAAAACGUUCUAUGGAAAUGCGACAAGAAACGGCAAGCUUUGUGAGAUCUUUUGCUCUAAAUCAAUUUCAUAAGAAACAUUCGUUCAGUGAGGAUUCUGAGGCUGAAAGAACAGCUAAAGAAAAUAUGAUUAAAAAUUUACGCUCAGUCAAGAAAGCCUAUGAACCGCGACGAUUCUUCAGACAAAAAGAGGGUUUUGUGAAGGAUGAAGCAAACAGGUUUAUUAGCACAGUAUUAGAAUAUGAAGCACCAUUUGAGGCUGUUGAAAACAUUGCGACUACGACAUCAACAUCGGUAGAACCUAAAACUGGCGAUCCCAAACACGAGUCGAGUAAUGAAAAAAGUGAAAAAAUUACCACCGAAGAUAUUACAGCUACUUUAGCUGUCAUUGAAGAAAAUUCGGCACGUUUAAGCGUGAGUACAGUUGGAAAUAUCGUUGGUAUACAAGCGCAGGAGAUUGCCAAAGUGGCGGAAAAAUACGCAGCUAUGUCUACUUCUGAAAUAGAGGAUAGUGGUGCCACAGACUCAUCACGUGCUUUGGUAGCAUUACAAAAACAAAAAGCAACGUUGCAAUCCAGAACUCGCAAAUUGACAAAGGAAAAAGACAGUUUGUCAGAUAAACUUGCUGAGAUAGUAGGUAAAACGAAAGAAUGUCGUGCAAAGAGAGAAGCCAUUGAACGUUCGUUCAAGAAGAUUCAAGAAAUUGGAAUAAAUGAUAACAAUAGCAUUUUCAAACGAUUAGAGGAACUUCUAUCCGUGCAUGACGGAUUAAAGGAACAGGAGCACAAUUUUCGGGAGCAAUGCAAGUCAGAUUUAAAUCUUCUUCGAGAUAUGUUACAAGAGAUCGAGGACGGUGCUCCGACGGAGGAAGAGGAUCGCGUCAAAGAAUAUGAGGAUCAGAAGGAUGCCGUGACGCGAGUACGGUUGCAGCUAGCGAAAAAGAACAGAACUAUCGCGUCCUUAACUAGGCAAUUAGACGAUGUUCCAGUACGCUCCGAACUGACGCAGUAUCAACGACGUUUUAUGGAGCUCUACAAUCAAGUUUCCGCCAAGCAUAAGGAAACUAAACAGUAUUAUACAUUAUAUAAUACCCUUGAUGACACGAAGCUGUAUCUAAGCAAAGAAUUGUCGCUGCUGAAUUCUAUCCAGGAUAAUUAUAACGAAGCUAUGGCUUCGGCGAGCGGCAAGGAACAGUUCCUGAAGCAGUUCGAAACAAUCGUUGCCGGGGUGAAGCGCAACAAAACUAUGGUAGAGAAACGAUGCGCCGAUGAGAAAAAUCGCCGAGAUGCACUCAGUCGACAACUCGUUACUCUUGUAGAACAACAACGUAAAUAUGUUGCGGCGGUCAGACAGCUCACUAUCGAGUGUCGCAAAAAUGAAGCUUUGUUAGCUCAACUUCGAGGUCCGUAGAUGUUACAAUAUUUCCAUUCACAUCAUUGUUGGAAAGUGAUGGAAAUAAAGUGGUUCUCACGUGCUUAACUGCAAGGUGAAUUUACGCUUGUUUCUUUAACGUUUUCAGCAAAUUAAAAAAUCUACGUAAUGUGCUAUAUGAUAAUUUAUAAUAUAUGAUAUAAUGUAAAUAUAUAUCUGAUAAUGUGCAAUUUUGCGUAUUCACACACAAAUAAAUAUCAUUCUAGUGUUAA